AUGGGCUUCUCACUGCAGGUGCGGGAGCUGGAAGGGGAGGUUGAUGCUGAGCAGAAGCGCAGCGCUGAAGCUGUGAAGGGCGUGCGCAAGUACGAGAGGAGGGUGAAGGAGCUGACCUACCAGUCUGAGGAAGACCGGAAGAAUAUUCUCAGGCUGCAGGAUCAGGUGGACAAGCUGCAAAUGAAGGUGAAAUCCUACAAGAGACAAGCUGAGGAGGCUGAGGAGCUGUCCAAUGUCAACCUCUCCAAGUUCCGCAAGAUCCAGCAUGAGUUGGAGGAAGCUGAGGAACGGGCUGACAUUGCAGAGUCGCAGGUCAACAAGCUCCGAGUGAAAAGCCGGGAGUUUCACAGCAAGAAGAUAGGAGAGGAAGAGUGAAGAUGUCAUGAGGCAGCAAAGUGACCUGAGGGCUGCACAGAAUGUGAACCCUCUGUUGCUUUUUUCUGUAUUUAGUCUUUGUAACCAUGUCAAUGUCUAGAGAAUAAAGACUGUAGAUUCCUUUGCAUACACAGCAGAAA